GCAAUAGUAGAAAUUCGAUCGUUUCGAUUUAAGAAAGGGUGAUUCGUUUUGCGCGAGCAUUAUUGAUAUAUCAGAAGGCUCAGCUAUUAUAGGUAUGCAACUAUCUGAAAUUAAAGAGAUGCCCACACACAAGCAAUACUGGAAGUCUUCUAUCAAGUCAGAUUCUGCAGUCAGUUUUGACAGUGUACCCUCAGAGAUGAUAUUGAAGAUACUGUCCUACCUGGAUGCUGAGUCUUUGCUGUGUACUGGCUGUGUAAAUAAGCGUUUUUAUGACCUGUCCAGUGACAAUACGAUCUGGUUCAAAAUAUACUCUAAGUCUUUCUUCCCUAAAAGAAAGAAAUGGAGGACUGUCCAGGAACCAGAUAACUCUAUUAGCCUUCUGGAGUUGCAAGAUAGGGAGGCAGGAUAUUGGAAGAAAGAGUACCUUGUAAAAAAAAUAGCUGCUGGCAAAAAUGAGAUAAUUCAGCUUCUGAAGCCAAUAAAUACCUAUACUGGUCUUCCAGUUAAAACCAAAGAAGUUAUCAAAAUCUCUGGUUUGAGAUGGAUAAUUGUACUAAGGGAGAGAAAUGGAAAGGAACAUGUAAUGGACCAGGCAGGCAUCUCUCUUAAUGAGACAUCUGUUACUAUAUUUUGGUAUGGUAUAAGCUGGCCUUUAGAUAACUUGUCAAGUCUGCAAUUAUUUGGAGUGACACCAGUACUUCUGGGUAAGAGUAAAAUUCAUCUUAGGAAUGGGCCUUGGAGACGUUCUUUAAUUUCCGAAUAUAACCUGGCUAAUAUGACUGAAAAUGCAAAGAUGAUUGGUUGUGAUGCACUUGUUGAGCUUUAUCGUUUUGACCAAGGACUUCUGGUGGGACUUUGGAAGAGAAGUGACAUAGCUUUCAUCAUGGCAAGUCUUCAUUACCAUCAGCUCAUUGAAAGAAGCAUCCUUGGCUCUGCCACAAUGAGCUAUGUUGCUACGCCAGCUAAGGCUAUCUUGGAUGACAUUGACCCAGAAUAUGGCAUGCAUGGCUAUCAGCUGCACAUUGACAUGCACAGCAAAGGAAAUACAUACAUGUGCAGCACAUUUCGUAGUUUGUUCUGUAAAAAAGAUUACAUUAGAAAUGGAUACCUGAAGCUUACAGUGAUAAGUUACAAAAACAAUGCCCAACAUUUACCUCUUGUUGGAAAUGUUGGGUUGUCUUGGAUGGUAGAAGCAUUUGAAAGUACUGUUAAGGAUCUUGUACCUGAGAAAGGAGAUAUCAAUUCUCUGAAACAUAUUAAGCUCUGA